GAGCAGCGCUGCGGUUUCACGCCGUAAAAGUCGGCUAGGACCAGCUGGCACCCGCCGUCACUCCACAUUCGUGGCUUAAACGCUGCCAGCGUGCUGCACGGCGCAAACGGCGCGCGAAUUCGUCGUCCUGGCGUCGAUUUCGGGUGAGCCAAAAAGUGCAGUGCAGUAAGCGCGCGCUGCAGAUGGCAGCCCUCGACAACGACAGCGACAGCGAACUGGACGCGGAAAAGCCGUUGCUACCCGCGAGGAUCAUCCCGAGCACCUACACGGCGGAGGGCGACCUCGGCGGCGGCGGCAUACCGUACGGCUGGACCUUCGAGACGCUCAUCGGCAAGGGCACGAUCCGCGAGCGAUUAGAAAGAGACGGCAGCGCGCUCAUCAAGGCAGCGCUGCGCGACCCGCACGCCCGCGCGGCUGUCGAGCGGCGCGAAGGCCGGCGGCCGAGCCGCGUCGGUGACGACGAGUGGGAGAAGCGCCUGCGCAGCCGCUUCGUGCGCAUGUUCAUCAACUUUGAAUUUCUGUCCACCAGAAAGCGCGUCGCCGUCUUCGCGUUCGCGGGCGACGGCGCCUACCGAGCCAGCCUGACGACUGACCUGGCGGCGCGGGCGGCCACGCGGCUCACGAAGUCGAUCGAGUUCGGCGCGGCGUUCGCGCCUGAGUGCUCAGUGAGGGCGCGCAAGGCGCUCGUCGCGCGAUGGCUCCGAGAGCUCCGACUCGCGGGCAAGACUCGCGCCAAGACCGAUGUGGCGCACACGUACCAGGCCACCUUCGAAGCUCUAGGCUUCCGUGCCGCGACGUUCCAGAACGGAAUUGUCGUGCGCAUGAGCGCGGCGCUCCCGCGCUGGCUCGUCGCCGGGCCCGUCGUGCUGCUCGCGGAGCUCCUGCGCCGCGACCGGGCGAAGCUCCGCGGCGAACCGCCGACGGACCCCAUUGCACGACUCCUCUGGACCUGCGGCACGCACGACCGCGACCACUGGAGCCAUGCCUUCCUCCGCAACGCUCUUCUGUACUUCUGAGAGUGUCCCUUUCGUUCUAAGC